CGCGGAGGAGGGGUGGCGGCUGCGGCGCUGGCUGUGGCCCGAGCCCAGCCGGGGAGCCGGAGGCUGAGGGCGGGCCGGGGCGGGUCGCUCUAGACCUCGCGUCCACCUGCCCGCCCGCUCGCGCUCCGGCCGGUCGGCGGGGCCUGCCCGGGCCCGGGCCCAUGGCGGCGUCGGUGGCUCUGACCGCGGCGGCGGCGGCGGCGGCCCUGUCGGGCCUGGCGGUGCGGCUGUCGCGCUCGGUGGCGGCCCGGGGCUCCUAUGGCGCCUUCUGCAAGGGGCUCACGCGCACGCUGCUCACCUUCUUCGACCUGGCCUGGCGGCUGCGCAUGAACUUCCCCUACUUCUACGUCGUGGCCUCCGUGAUGCUCAACGUCCGCCUGCAGGUGCGGAUCGAGUGAGCGCCCGCGGCCACAGCGGCCCGGCCCGACCCCCUACCGCCACCGACCCCCUGCGCCAGACCCCGACCCCUAGCCACCGACCCCCUGCGCCAGACCCGAGCUCCAGCCUGGGCCGUCACCAGCCCACACGCGUCGCGGCCGAUGACAGAUUGCACAGAAACUCGCAAGAGGGGCCCUUUCGGUCGGGCUCGAUAAAAUUAUUUGAGUGCAGCCAACCUGUUGCCUCACAUUGGCCGAGGGGGGAGGGGACCAGAAAGAAGCAAUUCUGCAGCAGGAGCUCGACUCAGCUGGCCCUGACCACCAAGGAACUGCUGUGUGUAGGUGGUGACCCGCCCCUUCUCUGGCCUUGUCAAGAGAGUCAAAUUGCUGCCCAGGGGCGCCCCUGAACCUAGAGCUGCCUGGGGAGCAGCUGAGGGAAGGGCCUGAUGGAGGAGGAGAGGAAGGGCCUUCCAGGCAGAGGCCCUGAAGGUCUCAGCCCAGGAUCACACAGGAGAAUCUCCUCUGGAUGGGCUUGGAUUGGUCCUAGAGGCCCUGGGUGUGCUGCUGACUGGCAUACCAGGAUGGCCAGGGGCAGCCCAGAGGGGCGCCAGGAGAGACCCUGGCCCUCACCACCCACCCCGCUCCCACAGCUGCUCUGACACUGGUUGCUCCAGGCCCAUGUACUCAGAGUCCCUGGGACUGAAAACCGCAGCAGCCUGUUCAAGCCCAGAGACAGUGGCCCACUCCCACACCAUGUGCCCUCUUCAGCUGCCCAGCAGGAGCCUGAGUCCUGGGUGAAGAUCUCCGCCUCUCAUCCCAGGGACUGAGGCUGGACCAGAGCCACCAUGUGGCCCCCGCAGUUUCGCACAGACGGGGCCUGAUGGCUUCCUUCCUUGUGCCAAGUCUCCUGGGAGCCCCCAUCCUAGUGGUCCCCUCCACCCCAACUCUGUCCACCCAGGACCACUUCUGGGAGCCUGCCAGCCUGCUGACUCCAUCCAUCGAUCUCCGGGCAGCCUCUGAGAGAUGAGAGCAACACGGGGCUGCAUGAGAGGAGAGGAGGACGAGGGGCCUCCUUGGGGCUGACACACAGAUGUGCCCCUUUCAAGCCCAGGUGUCACCCUCUGGGUGACUCCAGCAUCUUUCUGAGCCAGCCAGGCGGGGAGGAGGAAGGCCUGAGAAUGGCAUGAGGGAGGCUCUUCACUGAACGUGUGUGCGAGUGUGAGUGUGUGCGCGUGUGUGGUGGGGUGGGGUGCUGCUGUGGGGCAGGAUGAGCGCACUGGGUGCCUGGCCCUCCCUGGGCAAGCGGCUCAGCUCGACCUACCUGGGGCCUAGGAGGCCACUUCCCCACAGACAGGGCACAGCCUCAGGGGCCCUGGCCUCAGAGACCUCCUCUCCUCAGAGAGCCCCACCCCACAAAGAGGGGCGCAGCAAGUCCAGAUGGCUCUGGCUCUGGCUGGCUGGGCUCAGAGGGGUUGGUGGGGGGUGGGUCCUCAGCCUGAGUUCCUGCCCCUGCUUUCCUUACCGUCUGGCCUUGAGUAGUUAGCACGCUUCUGCUCUCCCCCCUUCCCUCCUCCCCUGGGCCCUGGCUGCUCGACGGGCUCUCAGUGCACUUUAUUUAUUUGCAGCCUGCUUUUCAGGUAGCGGAGCUUCUACAAAAUCAAAGACCGACCUGAGUAAGAUGACUUUCACUUUUCUGUGUGUGAACUCUGUACUGGCAGCACAAUCUGGUCAGAGAUAAUGGUCUUGUUCCUGCUGUUGUCACAUCUUGUUGUCUAAGUAAAAAAUAAUAAGUCUUUGAGUUCAAUAAAAUACAAUAAAACUGGA